CGGCCGGCGACGCCCCGGGCUGCCCGCCCGCCCGCCACCAUGGAGCUGGAGGACGGUGUGGUGUACCAGGAGGAGCCCGGUGGCUCCGGGGCCGUGAUGUCGGAGCGGGUGUCCGGCCUGGCCGGCUCCAUCUACCGCGAGUUCGAGCGGCUCAUCGGGCGCUACGACGAGGAGGUGGUCAAGGAGCUGAUGCCGCUGGUGGUGGCCGUGCUGGAGAACCUGGACUCGGUGUUCACGCAGGACCAGGAGCACCAGGUGGAGCUGGAGCUGCUGCGGGACGACAACGAGCAGCUCAUCACCCAGUACGAGCGGGAGAAGGCGCUGCGCAAGCACGCCGAGGAGAAAUUCAUUGAAUUUGAAGACUCUCAAGAACAGGAAAAAAAGGACCUACAGACCCGGGUGGAAUCUUUAGAAUCUCAAACAAGACAACUUGAACUCAAAGCAAAAAACUAUGCUGACCAGAUUAGCAGACUUGAAGAAAGAGAAGCAGAGCUGAAGAAGGAGUAUAAUGCAUUACAUCAGAGACAUACUGAGAUGAUUCAUAAUUAUAUGGAACACUUAGAAAGAACAAAACUUCAUCAGCUCUCAGGGAGUGACCAACUAGAAUCUGCAGCUCACAGUAGAAUUAGAAAAGAACGCCCUAUAUCAUUAGGGCUUUUCCCUCUGCCUGCUGGAGAUGGAUUGCUUACGCCUGACACUCAGAAGGGAGGAGAGACCCCUGGAUCAGAGCAAUGGAAAUUUCAAGAAUUAAGUCAGCCACGAUCUCAUACCAGCCUCAAGGUCAGCAAUAGUCCUGAACCUCUGAAGGCUGUAGAACAGGAGGAUGAACUUUCUGAUGUUAGCCAAAGUGGAUCUAAAGCUACCACUCCAGCAUCAACAGCUAAUUCAGAUGUGGCAGCAAUUCCUACUGAUACUCCCUUAAGAGAAGAUAACGAAGGAUUUGUGAAGGUUACAGAUACACCAAAUAAGUCAGAGAUAAGCAAGCACAUUGAAGUACAGGUAGCCCAAGAAACUAGAAAUGUGUCAACAGGCUCUGCUGAAAAUGAAGAGAAGUCUGAAGUUCAAGCAAUCAUUGAAUCCACUCCUGAGUUGGAUAUGGACAAAGAUCUCAGUGGAUAUAAAGGUUCAAGCACUCCCACCAAAGGCAUAGAGAACAAAGCUUUUGAUCGCAAUACUGAAUCUCUCUUUGAAGAACUGUCUUCAGCUGGCUCCGGCCUAAUUGGAGAUGUGGAUGAAGGUGCAGACUUACUAGGAAUGGGUCGUGAAGUUGAGAAUCUUAUAUUAGAAAAUACACAACUUUUGGAAACCAAAAAUGCUUUGAAUGUAGUGAAGAACGACUUGAUAGCAAAAGUGGAUGAACUGACCUGUGAGAAGGAUGUGCUGCAGGGGGAGCUGGAGGCUGUGCAGCAAGCCAAGCUGAAGCUGGAGGAGAAGAACAAGGAGCUGGAGGAGGAGCUUAGGAAAGCUCGUGCAGAAGCUGAAGAUGCAAGGCGAAAAGCAAAAGAUGAUGACGACAGUGAUAUUCCCACAGCCCAGAGGAAGAGGUUUACUCGAGUAGAAAUGGCCCGAGUUCUUAUGGAGAGAAACCAGUAUAAAGAGAGGUUGAUGGAGCUUCAAGAAGCUGUUCGAUGGACAGAGAUGAUUCGGGCAUCACGAGAAAAUCCAGCCAUGCAGGAAAAAAAAAGGUCAAGCAUCUGGCAGUUUUUCAGCCGACUCUUCAGCUCCUCAAGUAACACAGCUAAGAAGCCUGAACCACCUGUGAAUUUGAAGUACAAUGCGCCCACUUCUCACGUCACUCCUUCCGUCAAGAAAAGAAGCAGCACCUUGUCUCAGCUCCCUGGCGAUAAGUCCAAAGCCUUUGAUUUCCUUAGCGAAGAAACCGAAGCUAGUUUGGCCUCACGCAGAGAACAGAAGAGAGAGCAGUAUCGCCAGGUGAAGGCACAUGUUCAGAAGGAAGAUGGCAGAGUGCAGGCCUUUGGCUGGAGUCUGCCUCAGAAGUACAAACAGGUAACCAAUGGUCAAGGAGAAAAUAAGAUGAAAAAUUUACCUGUGCCUGUCUACCUUAGGCCUCUAGAUGAAAAAGAUGCAUCAAUGAAGCUGUGGUGUGCUGUUGGAGUCAAUUUGUCUGGUGGGAAGACCAGAGAUGGUGGUUCUGUUGUUGGAGCGAGUGUGUUUUACAAGGAUGUUGCUGGUUUGGAAACAGAAGGCAGUGAACAGCGAAGUGCAUCUCAGAGUAGCUUAGAUAAGUUAGAUCAGGAGCUUAAGGACCAGCAAAAGGAAUUAAAGAGUCAAGAAGAAUUAUCCAGUCAAGUCUGGAUCUGUACCAGCACACAUUCAGCUACAAAAGUUAUCAUUAUUGAUGCUAUUCAACCAGGCAACAUCCUAGACAGUUUCACUGUUUGCAAUUCUCAUGUUCUGUGCAUUGCAAGUGUACCAGGAGCACGAGAAACGGACUACCCUGCAGGAGAAGAGCUCUCCGAGGCUGGUCAGGUGGACAAAGCAUCUCUCUGUGGGAGCAUGACAAGCAACAGCUCAGCAGAGACAGACAGCCUGCUGGGGGGCAUCGCGGUGGUGGGGUGCUCCACAGAAAGUGCAGCAGGAGCUGCCAUCUCCCCUAGUCCCAAUGGGGCUUCUCCAGUGAUAGAGAAACUACCAGAAAUGGAAUCAGAAAAUACUGAGGUUGAUGAAAGUGUCCCAACAGCAGAAGAAGCAACUGAAGCCACAGAAGGCAAUGCCGGGUCAGCUGAAGACGCCAUGGACGUCGCCCAGCCUGGCGUGUACACAGAGCAUGUUUUUACAGAUCCUUUGGGAGUGCAGAUCCCAGAAGACCUCUCCCCAGUAUAUCAGUCAAGUAAUGACUCAGAUGCAUAUAAAGACCAAAUAUCAGUAUUGCCAGAAGAACAAGAUCUGGUGAGAGAAGAAGCCCAGAAGAUGAGUAGCCUUUUACCAACCAUGUGGCUUGGAGCCCAGAAUGGCUGUUUGUAUGUCCAUUCAUCUGUAGCCCAGUGGAGGAAAUGUCUCCAUUCCAUUAAACUUAAAGAUUCGAUUCUCAGUAUUGUACAUGUGAAAGGAAUUGUGUUGGUGGCCCUGGCUGAUGGCACCCUUGCAAUCUUUCACAGAGGAGUUGAUGGACAGUGGGACUUGUCAAACUAUCACCUCUUAGACCUUGGACGGCCUCACCAUUCCAUCCGCUGCAUGACCGUGGUGCAUGACAAAGUCUGGUGUGGCUAUAGGAACAAGAUCUAUGUGGUUCAGCCAAAGGCCAUGAAGAUAGAGAAAUCAUUUGAUGCACACCCGAGGAAGGAGAGCCAAGUGCGGCAGCUUGCGUGGGUGGGUGAUGGUGUGUGGGUGUCCAUUCGUCUGGAUUCCACUCUGCGUCUCUAUCACGCACACACUUACCAGCAUCUACAGGAUGUGGACAUUGAGCCUUAUGUAAGCAAAAUGUUAGGUACUGGAAAACUGGGCUUCUCUUUUGUGAGGAUCACAGCUCUUAUGGUGUCUUGCAAUCGUUUGUGGGUGGGGACAGGAAAUGGUGUCAUUAUCUCCAUCCCAUUGACAGAAACCGUAAUCCUCCACCAGGGACGUUUACUGGGGCUGAGGGCAAAUAAAACCUCAGGAGCCCCAGGAAAUCGUCCUGGCAGUGUAAUCCGUGUAUACGGUGAUGAGAACAGCGACAAAGUGACUCCAGGGACUUUCAUACCCUAUUGCUCAAUGGCACAUGCGCAGCUUUGCUUCCAUGGACACCGGGAUGCUGUCAAAUUCUUUGUGGCAGUCCCAGGUCAAGUCAUCAGCCCCCAGAGUGGCAGUUCUGGCACAGAUCUAACAGGGGACAAGGCAGGGCCAUCUGCACAGGAGCCUGGCAGCCAGACACCCUUGAAGUCCAUGCUUGUCAUCAGCGGAGGAGAGGGCUACAUCGACUUCCGCAUGGGUGAUGAAGGCGGAGACUCAGAACUUCUUGGAGAGGACCUUCCACUUGAGCCUUCUGUCACCAGAGCAGAAAGGAGUCACUUGAUAGUGUGGCAAGUGAUGUAUGGCAGUGAGUGAGCCCGAGGGAGACAGGUCGAGGUGGGAACGCCGUCGCUUCUGCAUGGUUUAUUUUCCCUUUCCCGUUUAUUUAAUGCUCUUUUUGUGAAGUAAAGUUUCACCACACGUGUGGGAUUUUUUCCUGUUAACUUUAUAUUACAGACUCUGUCCUACCAUAACAAUACAGAGGAGCUAGCUGUGUUACUGCACUGGUGUUACAGGCGACUUCAGUCCAUUAUGAACAAAUCAGAGAAGGUGACUUACAGAAAGCAGUCCCGAUGUGGUUGAGUCUGCCGCUGUGUAAUGUCACUUCAUUUGAUGGGGUAACAUUUUAGCUGUCACUAAUAAUGGAAUUAAUGGAAAACACUUGAUGAAUGAAACUGUACCAUUAAGUACAAUAGCAGUUUGCCCAGUGUAUUAAAAUUGACACACACUAAUGUCAGGUGGAUCAUCAGGAUUUGUCUUAAUGUCCCAAGAGGGCUAAAAAGCUAACUGUAAAUUACUUUAACUUUGACUUUCAAAUCUGACAAAUCUUGUUUAUAUGGUAUAUAAAACUUUGUUUUCAUCAGAUUUUGGGGGGGUUUUAUAUUAAAGAAAUUAAGACUACACUAUUUAAAUAAAAGUUUCCUGUUUCUGACUUACUAGAGCUCUAAAGUUUAUGAGGCCUGCUUCUCUGAGCAUUCUUGUUUUGUUUUGUUUUGUGAGACCAGUCUCACUCAUUUUCAUCCUGAUGUGUCUUAAAGCUUUGUCACUUACCAAGCUUAGAAGCCAUUUCAGCUCUGGGAGGAUUUUUUUUUUUUUUUUUUUUAAAGGAAACUGUGUUUUGUAUUCCUUAUACUGGGAGAUGGCAGUUGGCUGAGUUAUUUCCAUGUGAAAAAGUUCUCCUGUUUGCCAAGUGUUCCUGGGCUGCUCUUACCUGUUAAGAGUAAAACUGUAGAGGGAAUGGGGUCUGGCCCAACCAACUGAGUAAGGGCUUUGGCUUAAAUCUUACUUUCUUUUGUCCUGUAUAAGCUUGCAGAACAGCUAGUACUUGCUGUUUUUUAUGUAAAUAACACAUUUAAGAUUUUAUACCCUUUUGAGCUUAAGACGUCACCUUCAAAGGGAAAAACUAUGAAGGGGACGAGACAAAGCCACAGUGCGACAAAGGCUGGCCUUACCCCUUUUCACUCACAAUGCCCAUUUUCAAAAAUAGGUUAGAGAGUCUAGGUCUUUAACUGGUUUUCUUGUUUAGUUAAGGUUUAAAAAGCCAUCAUGCAACACUUUUUUUUUCCCUCUCAAGCUUUUCGAAAAUAUGUGAUUUACUAUUUCUUAACCAUUAUUCUAAGCAAAACUAAAAAUAAUUCAUGUGCUUUGUAGAAAAUGUGACCAUGCUGAAUCAAAGCCCCCAGUCGCUGGAGGGACGCUUCGUGUCCUCAAGUGCUAGGGAGGCUGUUUCUGCAAACUGUUAGGCAAAGUUGUUUGAAAAGUACGCCAGUGACUGCUGUGCGUGCCUGGUCAGGACUGCAGAUACGUGGAUUUCAUGAGGAGGCCUGGGAUCCAUUGGCCACAGGAUCUUCAAGCACGUUGUGUACACAGCAAAACUGUAGAAGAAAAACUGUCAAAAUUGGAUUAAGAGAGCAAUUUUUUGCUUGAGCUGCUUAGUCACUUUUCUUCAGGGCACCAAAACCUAGGCCACUUCUCCAUAGCUCGUUGGCUAUGUUUUUGUGUUAUUUGAAAUCUGAGCCAUUUUUGGCACUACCUAAAAAAGGCGUUAGUACACAUUUAUUGGAAAUGUUGCAUAAAAUCACAAGAAAGAGACACCAAAGUGUUUUGGGAGCUUAAUCCCAAGAAGCAAACAUCCCAGAGUCAGACCCAGUUUGCUGUUGUUCAGCCUUUUCCAGAUUCGUAUAACUGAAUGUAAUGUAGGGAUUCAGGAGUUACAGGUAAAAAAUGCAGAUGUAUUACAAUGGUUGUGAUUGUUUUUCAAUUUACUGGCUUUAACUUAAGGAAUAUAGCUGUAGUUAUUUUACCUAAAGAUGUCAGAUUAUCUGUGGCCCUGUUAAUUAACUUCAGGGACCAGAGAGAGGAUGUACAUGCCUGUACAAUUUGUUUUCAAGGCUUGUCCUGUGUUUGUCAUUUCAGUUAAGUAUUUUCUACAGAUUGCUUCACUUCCCCUUUCCCCAGUAACCAGUUCAUAUUCUUGUGAUGUUCACAUUGGUGGAGGUGGCAGCCUGUGGAAGAAAUGCCACGCCCAAGUUUCUGGCACGCAGCAGACGCUGUGCACUGCCUGAGCCACCCUGUCCAGGCCAGAGCAGGAGCCUCCCUCGGGGCAGUCUCCCUGCGGGAAGAAGGAAUCCUUGGGUUGUUGCACUGGGAUUACUGAUGAGGUCGAACCGUGUGACCGGUGCCGACCUGCACAGACCGCGGUCCACUCUGCCUCAGGUUGAUACUCCACUAUGAGUUGCAGAUGAAAAUCUGUGAGGCAAGGGGAGAAUAUUCUCUAGGAAGUCAAUGUUUAAGAGUGCUUUUCUGUAGCUCUCGUGUAUCUAAAUUUUUAAAAUAGAAAUGAAUCUUUUAAUAGCUGCAGCUAGUUGAGAAUGUGAAACAUUUUGAGCACAAAAUAUGCAGCACAUAACUUUUUCAGAUGAAGCGCGUUCGCAUAGAAAAGGUUACACCCCAUUCUCUCAGUUGCCGAAUUGUUCACUUCUCGGAAAGGUCUCCCGCAUUCGCAUUCGAGAACAGACCCUGUAACUUGGGCUGCCUUAGUGCAAAGCCAGACACAAUGUGUCAUGGCCUGAGCUGUCCUGAAGAACGUGUGUCUUGCAAACGCCGUGGGACUGAAUAUUGAUUUCCUUAUGAGUAUUACGACUGCUGCCAAAGGACCCAGCCGGAUUGAGGACGCUUCUUCACGGAUCAUGUUGGGACAGGGACAUGGGGAGAGCAGGAGGGGACGUUCAGUGUGGAAAUCACAGUGCGUUUCUAACAGGGCUAUGCUGUUCUGUAACACUAAAUGUCUUUUACUUUCUCGUUAAAAAUUGUUUUAGUAGUAAUUUUGCCAUAUUUCUUGGUAUUUGAAUAUAUUUUAACCAUCUUCUGUUCUAAAUCUGUUUUUGUCCUAGACAUUUUAUCCAGAAUUUUGCCCGCCUCUAUAAAAUUGGGUUCUAGAGUGUCUCUUAGAGGCGGAGGCUUCCUUUCUAUGAGCAAGAAGCUCACUUAGCAAUGUAGUUAUUUCAGUAUUUAUUUCUAUUAUGGAAUCCCUGGGGUUCGGAAUGUAACUUUGUAUAUGAAAAAUAUAUAAAUAUGUAUAUGAAACAA